AUCUGUAAACGUGCUCAUUCUGGAGUCUUUUGGCGUGUUUUCGUGUGUGCUCGUUGUCUUGAUGUCUUCUGAGGUCUUCUUGGGAAAAACGCGGAAAAAUGACGAUAAAUUCAGGAAGUGUGGCUGACUAUGUGCCAGCAGAUCAGGAUGUCGAAAGUGUGGGCAAAUGGCGGAUUCUGAAGAAUAUCGCUGUAAUUUCUGUAGCAUUUCUGCUGCAAUUUACAGCAUUUCAGGGUACGGGAAGUCUUCAGUCGUCCAUUAAUGCUGCCGGUGGAUUGGGUACAACAUCCCUGAGUGCAGUUUUUGGAGCUAUCAUCAUCUCUUGCGCGUUCAUUCCCACCCUUGCAAUUCGAAAGCUAACGGCCAAAUGGACGCUAUGCCUGAGUAUGCUGUGCUACGUGCCCUACAUCAUGUCACAAUUCUACCCACAAUUCUACACCCUAAUCCCAGCUGGAUGCCUCGCAGGGCUAGGAGCUGCUCCCAUGUGGGCAGCUCAAUCGACGUACCUCACACAAGUUGCCUACAUCUAUGCUAGGGUCACACAGCAACCUCCUGAAGCGGCCAUUGUUCGCUUUUUUGGGAUUUUCUACCUUUGCUGGCAAUCUGCUGAACUCUGGGGUAAUCUCAUUUCCGGUCUCGUCCUAUCUGCUCCUCAUACCAACGAAACCGAUGCAUCUGACUACACGCUUUGCGGUGCAAAUUUCUGUGCAUCCAAACUCAAAGACAUCGCAAACCUCCAUCGUCCACCUGAUCGUGAAAUCUUCACCAUAAUGGGAAUCUACCUUGCUUGCAUUUGCUUAGCUGUGAUCCUCUUGAUCUUCCUCCUUGAUCCACCCACAAUGUAUGGGGAAGAAAGGGGAGGUGGGAAGGUUAGUGCAGUCAAACUACUCGUGGCAACAUUUAGGCAACUUCGCAAACCCAAUCAAUUGCUUCUGGUACCCCUAACUACCUUCAUAGGAAUGGAACAGGCAAACUUUGCUGCUGAUCUUACACAAGCGUUUAUUUCUUGCACGCUUGGCAUCAGCGAAAUUGGAUUUAUCCUUGUCAGCUUUGGCCUCUGUAAUUCCCUCUUCUCCCUCAUCUUUGGAUUCUUAACCAAGAAAUUUGGUCGAAUUUGGAUUUUGAUCAUUGGAUUGAUAGCCAUUAGCGCAUGCUACUUAAUUAUGCUGCUCUGGCAACCGUCGCCACAUCAGAAAUGGAUGUUCUUCCUCAUCUGCUGCCUCUACGCACUCGGAGAUUCAAUUUUGCAGAUUCAAAUUAAUGGAAUGUAUGGAGCUAUCUUUGAGAAGAAUAAGGAAGCUGCCUUCUCCAACUAUCGCCUGUUCGAAUCUCUCGGAUACCUGGUGACCUACGCCCUAUCUACCGUCCUAUGCGCUCGUACUAAAUUAAUUUCAGCCCUGGGACUCCUUGUAAUUGGCACUGUAGGAUGGAUUGUUGUUGAAUGGAGAGUGAAAAGUAGCAAGAGUUUCGAGUCUAACAAGCUGGAUGAAACUAAGGCUACUCAUGCUGAAGUUUACAAAGUUAUAGAAGGUUGAGUAGUAAGGGGUAGUAGAUGUUCUAUAUCUUAGUCUUUUGUAGACAAAUUAUUAUAAAAAAUAAAAUUAAUCUUUCAAUCUAAAA